GGGGUUCGGCGGGGCUGGGGGGGAACCCCGGGACCCCUCCUCCCCCCCCAGUUGCUACCCGGGGGCUGAGCCCCCUCCCUGGGUGCCGGGAGGGACCAUGAAGGUGAAGGUGAUUUCUGUCCUGGAGGACAAUUACAUGUACCUGGUCAUCGAGGAGAGCACCCGGGACGCCAUCGCCGUGGACGCUGCUGUCCCCAAAAGGUUGCUGGAAAUCGUCAGGAAGGAGGAGGUGGUGCUCAGAGCCAUCCUCACCACCCACCACCACUGGGACCACGCGAGGGGCAACGAGGAGCUGGCGCGGCUCUGCCCCGGGCUCCGCAUCUACGGUGCCGACGAGCGGAUCGGAGCCCUGACUCACAAAGUGACCCACGAGCAGGAGCUGACGUUUGGGGCCAUCCGGGUGAGGUGCCUCUUCACCCCCUGCCACACCUCGGGCCACAUGUGCUACUUCAUGUGGGAGGAGGGCUCCCCAGAUGCUCCUGCUCUCUUCUCAGGUGACACCCUGUUCGUGGGAGGCUGUGGGAAGUUUUUUGAGGGGACAGCAGAGCAGAUGUACAGCAACCUCACCCAGGUCCUGGGGGCUUUGCCAAAGGAGACGAAGGUGUUCUGUGGCCACGAGUGCACAGUCCGGAACCUCAAGUUUGCCCUGAAAGUGGAACCAGAGAAUGAAAUGGUGAAAAAGAAACUCGCCUGGGCCAAACAGAGAGAUGAUGAGGAUUUGCCCACGGUGCCCUCCACACUGCAGGAGGAAUUCCUCUACAACCCCUUCCUCCGGGUCACGGAGGAGGCCUUGCAGAAGUUCACAGGCCAGACAGACCCCGUGGAGGUGCUGAGGACCCUCCGUACCCAGAAGGAUAACUUCAAGAAGCCCAAGGAGAGGCUCCAUCCCCAGGCUGUGCUUGCCUUUGACUGGGGACUUUUCAGCCCCUUCCUUGAGAAGAAGUGAGCGGCCAGGGGGGUGGCUCCUGAGACGUGGUGGGGGCUUCUCCCCUCCUCCAUCC